CAACCACAACAGCAGCAGCAAGAAUCCCCAAUACAGCCGCAAGCCAUGACGGAGUUUCCGCAGCAGUCGGCGGUGUGUGGCCAGCAGGAGGCGCCGGUGGAGAUUAACGAGCCGUCGUCGGCGGAGACGGUGCUCGCUGGGGAGGAGUCGUGCAGCAGCCUCCUGUCAUCGUCGCAGCAGUUCAGCGAUCAGGGAGAUGAACUCAAACCCGAAAACCCUCAGAAGUGCACGCUAUGCAACUGCGGGGAGCGCAGCCUGCUGGGACAGGGCGACCUGACCCGCUACGAUCCCAGCUUCGGCUUCAACGUGCUGAAGCGCGCGCAGAGCCGCAGCCGCCGCGGCUCGUCCGAGAGCGAGAAGGACAUCAUCAACGAACGAGGUCCGAAGCAUCUGACGUGGCGGCGGCAACGCGGCCCCAUAAAGCCCGGCAGGGAUAAGAUGAAAUCUCCGCGCCGUCCAAACCCUCACUCCAUGCAGGACGACAAGGGCCAGCCCAUCGCGAUCGUCGACGAGCUCAGUAAUAUCGGCUUUCCCAUGGACACCGACGUGGAGCAACUGUUUGAGACCUCAGGUCACAACUGGGCGCAUCAUUGUUGUGCGGCGUGGUCGGAGGGCGUCUGCCAGAAUGAGGACUACACGCUCGUUAACGUUGACAAGGCCGUGUUUAAUGGGAUGAACCAGAAAUGCAGCUACUGUCAACGCUACGGCGCGACCAUCUUCUGUCGGAUACCUAAGUGCGGCAAGCUGUACCACUACCCGUGUGCUGCCAGCGCUGGCACGUUCCAGGACAUCAAGAGCAUGUCGCUGCUCUGCCCGGACCAUCUCAACCAAGCAGAGGAGAUAGCCGGCCCCGAGUCACUGUGUGUCGUCUGCGACACGGCCGGGGAAAUAUCCGAGCAACUCUUCUGCACCAGCUGUGGGCAGCAUUACCACGGCAACUGCCUCGAUCCGCCGGUACUAGUCAACUCUAAAGUGAGGGCGGGUUGGCAGUGCCCCGACUGUAAGAUCUGCCAGACUUGUCGACAGCCAGGCGACGACAGUAAGAUGUUGGUGUGCGAUAAAUGUGAUAAGGGUUAUCACACGUUCUGUCUGCGACCGGUUAUGACGACCAUCCCAAAGAACGGAUGGAAGUGCAAGAAUUGCCGCGUCUGCGGAGACUGCGGCUCGCGGACUCCCGGCAGCGGCCCGAGUUCGCGCUGGCACCUCAACUACUCCGUAUGUGAUAGCUGCUACCAGCAGCGCAACAAGGGACUCUUCUGCCCUCUGUGUGGCAAGGCGUAUCGACACUUCACGCAGAAGGCUAUGGUGCAAUGCACGCUUUGUAAAAAGCAUAUUCACAGCGAGUGUGAUCCAGCGCUGGACACAUGGCAGCAGCAGAAAGAGGGGGAGAUGGGAGGUAGUGUUGGAGUGGGAGGAGAAAAGUACAUCUGCCCCGUAUGCAAAGAUCGAGACCCCAACGAAGUGUUUGAAGUACCGGAGCUCGCGCUAUCACAAGGGAGCUCCGAGCUGUUCCUGGGAGGCGAAGCCAAGCAGCAGAGCAUUGACGACUUCAGCUUCUUCAAGAUGGACACAAAGCAAGAGCGUCCGGAGUCGGUUGACAGUAAGAUGGAGCUGGGUGACGAGGCGUUGACAAGCUCACAGGAGGAGUCCUGCAUGUCCCUCGGUGACAACUCCGUCUCCAGCAUGGACAUCGACCUGAACGUGUUCGAGAAGGAGGCGCAGGAAUUGGCGAAGCAGGCAGCAGUGGCCGAGGCGCCGUCAGGAGAAUCAAAAGGCAAGCCGAUGCACGGCAUGGGCAAGCCACAGAUCAUUGCUCGCAAGAAGCAGGGUGUCGGGCGGCCACCAAAGGGCAGCUCCAAACUCGUGAAGAGACACAGGAAGGCGAUGCCGGGAGAGAGGAAGAGAGGCCCGAAACCCAAGUUCAAAACCGGCCACAUUAUCGCCACAAACACACAGUUUGCUUCGCAGAUCGGAGCGACACCUGGUGAGAAGGUGAACCUGAAGUCUUUGAACAGGCAGCAGCAGGACGAUGAUGACGACAAUCCUCACUCCACACCUGUGCUGUGUGCAGCCAACGACCUAUUCGUGCUUUCUCAGGACAUGUGUUACAGCUGCGGGAGCUUGGGGCGCGGGGAGGAAGGCAGACUCGUCUCCUGCUCACAGUGUGGCCAGUGCUAUCAUCCCUACUGCGCAGGCAUCAAGAUUACGAAAGUGAUACUGAACAAGGGCUGGCGCUGCCUUGACUGCACGGUGUGUGAGGGCUGUGGUCAGCCACACGACGAGGGUCGGCUGCUACUGUGUGACGACUGUGACGUCAGCUACCACACCUACUGUCUCGACCCGCCACUCGACAACGUGCCCGCCGGGACGUGGAAGUGCAAAUGGUGCGUCGAUGUGUCAGCAGUGUGGAGCGACCGAGUCCCAGGACGCCUGGAGUCAGCGUGGCAGGAGAACUACACUCGCUGCGCUCCCUGCUCCAGUCUAGCAAGCUGCUGGGUGUGCGAGGAGAACUACAUAGAGAACGACCUCGUCAUACAGUGCACAAACUGUGACAGGUGGCUACACACGAGCUGCGACGGCAUGCACAAUGAGGAUGACGUGGAGCGUGCGGCGGACUGGGGCUACCACUGCCUCGUCUGUCGCCAGUCCACGCACCGUAGCAAGUACCCGCCGCCGCCCCCCAAGCCUCCCAAACCACCGAAGGAACCGAUGCUACCAGAGAAAGAACCCGCUGAUAACGCAGAGGCUGCUUCUGUGACUAUGCCGAUGGUGCCCUUAUUUAGUGACAUAG